UGUCAGUCAUACAUCCGGGGUUAUCCGUUGCUACGAUAUAACGCCUUAGCAGAUCUAAACGACUCUCGGAAGUAAUUUUUUUCAGAAUACCAGGAGGAGACGGACACACCUAAGUCUCUCAGAAUGGGAAACCUGCUGUUCUCCACAGGCCUCAUAAGGACUGACGCAACCAAGUCGGAUAAAGUUAACAGACGACAUUUAAUAGCCAAAACGAUCUGCAAUGGCAUAACCUAUUAUUACACUCCCCUCACUGGUACAGGUUGCGAGACAGAAUGUCUUGCCAAAAAAUUUCAAGACUCUGCAGCUGUUUGCUCCACGUUCCCUGUUUCACCAUCUGCAGAGGCCUCCUCUACACUCCUCUCAGAUUCACCAUCAAACACAUCUGUCUCCUCCCAAAAACAAUCAUAUUCUUCGUCCACUUCUCGUCCACUUCUGCUUUUCUUCUCCUGGCUUGGUGCCCAACCAGGGGGAAUGGCUAAGUACCGGGACCUUUAUCUGGACCGUGGCAUGGAUGUCCUCCUGGUUCAGAGCAGUGUGAUGCACUUCCUGUGGCCUCGAUGGGGGCUCGAGUAUGGAUUGGAGGUUCUGAAAAUUCUGGAGAACCCUCCCUUCGCAGGGAGGGUGAUGCUGGUUCAUGCUUCUUCCAUCGGUGGCUACACUUUCACUCAAAUCCUCACCCACAUUGUCCAAGAACCAAAAAAACAUGGGGGCCUGGCACAGAGGAUGAUGGGACACAUCUAUGACAGCUUAGUGGUCGGCACUCUGGAGCACAUGGCGAUAGGCAUUGCUAGAACUCUGGUGCCACGUUUUGAGAGCUUCGUCAAAAACACUGCCAUGCUUUACUUCUGGCUUUUCAAAACCCACACGGCAGACUUCUACGAGACCAGCAUCCAAGUGUUCCACAACAACCCAGUUACCGCUCCCGCUCUCUUCUUCUUCAGUGAAAACGAUGCAAUGUGCAACACUGCAGUGAUGGAAAAGCUGAUUGACGUCUGGAGACAUAGAGGAGUGGACGUGCACAGCAGAAAGUGGAAGAAGUCGAUACAUGCGGCCCACUUGCGCUGCCACCCAGAUGAUUACCUCUCCACCCUGCAACACUUUUUGAACUCACUGCCCAUUUCCUCCUGUAAAAAAACAAUCUAAGUGGGGAGGUAAAAAAUACACCACCACCAAAUAUUAAAAAACAAAAUAAGCUUUACGAUUUAAAAAAGAAUGCACUUUGAUUUUUUUUUUUCCUUUAGCUUUGUCAUUAAUUAAAAUGAGAAGUAUUUUUUCUCUCUUUGUUACGACCGCCUCUGCUAGGCGACAGGUGGGGAGAAACAUACACAAGCCCUCUCACGAAAUCAAAGUAAGGGGUUUUAUUGCAAACGUUAAACUAAAAA